ACCAUUAAGGAUAGAGAGGGAAAUGACGUUCAGGUUUUUGCUAAUCGCAAGCCAGAGGAGUGUUUUGGUUUUCAACCGGGUGAUAUUUAUGCUGAUAAUUCCGGCGGUUAUUUUUAUGUCAAUGGUGGUUGA